AUGAUCGAAGAUAAAUAUGUCGGCCUUGCGCUGGCCAUGUCAUCGGCCCUAGCCAUUGGCACCAGUUUCGUCAUCACCAAAAAGGGCUUGUUACAAGCCGAACAACGGCACGGUUUCGAAGGCGAUGGUUUUGUCUAUCUAAGGAACCCCAUGUGGUGGGCUGGAAUCGCUACACUUGGCAUCGGCGAAGUAUGUAACUUCGCCGCCUACGCGUUUGCACCGGCCAUCCUCGUCACUCCCCUCGGAGCCCUCAGCGUCCUCAUAGGCGCCGUGCUCGGCUCCUAUUUCCUCCAGGAAGAGCUGGGAACGCUGGGCAAGCUGGGAAGCGCCAUUUGCCUCAUCGGCGCUGUUGUCAUCGUCCUCCAUGCGCCUCCCGAUGAGGAUAUCGAGACCACUGACCAGAUAUUGCACUAUGCUAUCCAGCCAGGAUUCUUGCUCUACGCCAUCGCCGUUGUCGCCUUUGCCGUCUUCAUGAUUUACAAGAUUGCUCCCGCUUACGGCAAGAAAAACGCGCUCAUCUACCUCUCCAUCUGCUCAACAGUCGGCUCCAUCUCUGUCAUGUCCGUCAAGGCCUUCGGCAUCGCGCUCAAGCUCACCCUCGCCGGCAACAACCAGUUCACCCACCCGUCGACCUACGUCUUCAUCAUCUUGACCACCGUCUGCAUUCUCACGCAAAUGAACUACUUCAACAAGGCACUAGCAUCGUUCCCGGCCAACAUCGUCAACCCCCUGUACUACGUGACGUUUACCACAGCCACGCUUUGCGCCUCCUUCAUCCUCUUUAGCGGGUUCAACACCACUGACCCCGUCAACACGUUGUCGUUGAUUUGCGGUUUCCUCGUUACCUUUGCCGGAGUCUACCUGCUCAAUCUUUCCAGAGGUGACCCGAAUGGACACAAGCUCAUUGCAGGGCAAGGGGGUCACGACACCACGCCCACCGAUAUGGUUUCGAGCCUGCAAACUCGCCGCAGCAUGCAAGCCCGCAGGAGUGGUGAUCCCGGGCGACACAGCGUCAGCAGCCUUCACGGUGACAGAGAAGGACUGAUCCGAGCCUAUGACGAAGAAGAGGCUGCAGGCUUCAGCCUCACGAAUCUCGCAGAGGACAGCGAGGACGACUCGAGACGGUCAAACCGUCGCCUCAACGGCAAGAAGGAGCAUCACCAAAACGACAUUGAGCUGGAAGACAGGAAAUCGGCCGAGAGGUAG